AUGUCUGCCAAAGUCAUAUCUACAGAGCCUUUGGAGACGAAAGAUGCCAAGUGGAUCAACCUAGUCAAGAUCAACUACGAAGACAGCAACGGCAAACCCCGCACCUGGGAAGCAACCAAGCGUACCACCCGCCCCAAGGAUAGCGCCGUGGAUGCUGUGCAGAUUGUCGCCGUCCUGCAGAAGCCCACAGGUCCUGAGCUGCUCCUUGAAAAGCAGUUUCGGCCCCCUGCCAGCAAGAUCGUGGUCGAGUUUCCCGCUGGCUUGGUGGAUGAGGGAGAGGACCCCGAGCAAGCUGCCGUGCGUGAGCUGCGUGAGGAAACGGGCUACGUCGGAGAGGUUAUACCGGACCGAAGGGGUGCCCGACCCGUGCUGUGGAGUUCUCCUGCUUCGUCGAGCUCGUGCACGUACCUGAUCAAAAUCAACAUCGAUUUGACCAAGGUAGAGAAUCAGAGCCCCAAAGCGCAGUUGGAGGACGGGGAGUUCAUCGAGUGUUUUACGGUGCCGCUGAAGGAUCUCUACGCCGAGCUGAGGAACUUGGAGGCCCAGGGGUUUGCUAUUGAUGGCAAGCUCGGCUCAUUCGCCGAGGGUCUUGAGAUGGCUGGCUGUGAGGGGAUUUUGGGCAUGGUAUGA